AUGGACGACGCCGCAGGGACAUCAGGCCAAAGCUCACAGCGUCCAAACAAAGUGCGAUCCCGCAUCAGCGCCGCCUGCGUGCGAUGUCAGAAACGGAAGAUUCGAUGCGACGGAGCAGUGCCCGCCUGUGGUGCCUGUCGAAAAGCAGGGGCGAGUUGCGUGGGGGGAGGGGCAGGCCGCGAUAUCCCUCGAAGCUAUGUCCAUGACUUGGAGGCCCGCGUGGCCUGGCUGGAAUCCCUUGUGCGAGAACAUGCACCCAGCGUGGACCUGGACGGAGGGCCACAUUCUCAAUCCCAUGGCACACCGGCUCGUCGAUCGAAGGAGUCUCAACACGAAGAUGGAGCAUCCGAUGCCUAUUCUCCCGAAGAUGAGUCCCUAAGCCAAAUCACUCACCAGAUUGGACUCGUCUCCGUCACCACUGGGACCGAUCUCCGCUAUCUGGGCCCUUCCAGCGGGUUGUUCUUCACCAAAUUUGUCCUGGCAGGACUGGGACGGAAGAUCCAGGUCGAGAAGCAGCACGACUACUCUACGGAUUCCGUGAGAGACUCUCUUUCAAUCCCUGCGGAUCUGCUGGUCGUUCGACCCCAAGAACUGCCCUCGGACCAGAGACACACGCGGUGGUUGUCGCAGGCGUAUUUCGAAACCGUCCACCUGCAAUUUCCCUUCCUGCAUGAGCCGACCUUCUUGGAAAUCCUUGCCAACUUGUACGACGGUGUCGAGGUCGGCCCAACAUGCGAGUUUCAGGUCUUCAUGGUCCUCGCAAUCGGGGCGACGAUCCUGGCACGCCGAGCAAAGAUCCCCCUGUGUGCUGAAGGCUACUGCGCCUCGGCAAUGGCCCGGCUCGAUAGCAUCUUUCAGAGGGCGUCUUUCACUGGGGUUCAGUGCAUGCUGCUUCUGCAGAUUUAUGCCAUGAACAAUCCGUCGUCUGGAUUGAGUCUCUGGUCUCUUCAUUACCAUUGUCUGGCAUGGACAAUCGAGCUGGGCCUGCAUCGCAAUGCCCCAGGGAACCUCUAUUCUUUUGCUCAGCAAGAGAUGCGAACCAGGGCUUUUUGGUGUGUCUACACAAUCGAUCGCGCCUUGUGCACUCUUAUGGGAAGACCACUUGGAUUACCGGACGAGCAGUGCGACUUGAGGCUUCCGUUAGAUGUCAAUGACACGGACCUUGAGAGCAGCCAACCCACGUCGAGCCGCAGUGACGAGCCCCUGACCAGCAUGUCCAGCGCGAUCCACCUCUUUAAGCUAGCGAAAUUCAAUUCUGAAAUCAAAUCCGUAUUGUACUGCAUGGAACGGCAAUACCCACCGUAUACACCCCCGACUACGAGCGAUAUCGCCCGAUGGAAAGAGGAUAUGUUGAAUCGACUUCGGAAAUGGAAAGAGGAGAUCCCACGACAUCCACAGGGCAGUGAAAGAAGUUGUAUCAACCACCUCAUGGAGAUCAAAUACCACGAGCUCAUAAUGCUGGUUCACCGUCCGAAUCCGGUUUUCCAGCAUCCCACCAAGGCUGCUCUCCGCGAAUGCUUUGCCAGCGCCCUGCAGUGCAGCAAGCUCUACUACGAGCUCUACGCGGCCAACACGCUCCAUUACAGCUGGAUCAGCGUGCACUCGCUUUUCCUGUGCGUCAUGACCAUGUUCUACUGUGUCUGGACGCCCAACGGAGUUGCCGACGAGGUGGAUGUCGACGGCAUUACGAGAACGUUGAAAUCUACCUCGGACAUCCUCAGCGCGACAGGCGAGUAUUGGCCUGAGGCGAGACGGAGCCGUGAUGUGCUGGAUCGCAUCUCAGCGGCGACCAUGUCACGAUUUCCCAUGAGGGUCUGUGUGUCGCCGAGCGGCGGCAAAGUCAACCAGCCGAGGCCGCCACCAACGCCGCCCAUCCCGGCGACCAUGGGCUUCGAACCACCAGCAGCUGCUGUCCCGAACACGACAGAUCUAAUCUCUCCACCUGAAUUCCAGGCGUUCCAGUUUGGAAACGCCAAUUUCGGCACCGCUUACAUGUCUCCAGUCUACGAACCACAGGCCGACGCAUUCACCACAACUGAUAUGCUGUCAUACUUUAUGGGUUCUGGGGGCGACGGGAGUACAAAUAAUGUGUCGAUGAUGGGGGAGUACUAUCCCAGCGUGGACGAAGUGAUGCAGAAUUUCUUUGGGGACGGAUCCCGGGACUUUGGGCAAUACGGGCAAUAUCAAUCAGUGUGA